AUGAACCUUUUUAGAAACCUGGGAACGUCGUUCAAGCGACUCCCGGCGCUUUCAGGGCUCCAAAAUGCCCGGCAGCUGACCACAGGCGUACGUUUGUCCCAAAUGGAGACUAAGACAGAUCCAACGCCAGUCAGCGCAAGGAUGCUGAAAAUUGUACCGAACGAUACUGAUCUGGUCACGCUGGAGAAACAGGAUGCCCUGAUAAAGAGAAGACGGAAACUUUCGAAAGAAAUCGUGAAACUGAAAAAGCUAAAGCCUGUAUCGCCAGGUCUAAGGUGGUAUAGAGCGCCAAUUUAUCCUUACCUACACAAUGGGCGUCCUAUCAGAACUUUGACUAUUGCCAAGAGGUCUAGCGGUGGUAGGAAUCAUUCUGGCCGCAUUACAGUGCGUCAUCGUGGUGGUGGUCACAAACGUAGAAUCCGUUUGGUUGAUUUCACUCGUUUUACUCCUGGCGAGCAAAUCGUACAGAGAAUCGAAUACGAUCCUGGUAGAACCGCCCAUAUAGCUCUUUUAAAGCAUUCUGAAUCAGGAGAGCUUAGUUACAUCCUUGCAUGUGACGGUUUGAGAGCUGGUGAUGUGGUGGAAUCCUACAGAAAGGGAGUACCUAAAAAUUUAUUACAAGAGAUGGGUGGAAGGAUUGAUCCCGCUAUUCUUAGUGUGCGAACCGCUCAGAGAGGAAACUGUUUGCCAAUAUCAAUGAUUCCAGUCGGCGCCAUCAUUCACAACGUUGGUGUCACACCAAUAGGGCCCGGUAAAUUCUGUCGUGCAGCCGGUGCCUACGCGCGUGUUAUUUCAAAAUUACCCGAGAAGAAAAAGGCCAUUAUUCGUCUUCAAAGUGGAGAACAGCGUUUAGUGGCAUUAGAAGCAUGCGCAACACUGGGUGUUGUUUCAAAUAUUGACCAUCAAAACGAAUCUCUGGGAAAGGCUGGUAGAUCUAGAUGGAGAGGCAUUAGACCCACAGUGCGUGGUGUUGCUAUGAACAAGUGUGAUCAUCCUCACGGUGGUGGUAGAGGUAAGUCAAAGUCGAAAAAACUUUCGGUUUCUCCUUGGGGCCAGCUGGCAAAGGGCUACAAAACCAGACGCGGUAAGAACCAAAACAGAAUGAAGGUCAAAGAUAGACCUCGGGGUAAAUCUGGCAAGGCUACAAGACAAUAA